AUGUCCGCGGAGCUGCGCUUCGACAACCAGACCGUCGUCGUCACCGGAGCCGGCGGCGGCCUGGGCAAGGCAUAUGCUUUGUUCUUCGCUUCGAGAGGUGCCAACGUCGUCGUCAACGACCUGGGCGGUUCGCACUCCGGCGAGGGCAAGUCCUCUAAGGCUGCCGAUGUGGUCGUUGACGAGAUCCGAGCUGCUGGCGGCAAGGCUGUAGCGAACUACGACAGCGUCGAGAACGGCGAGGCCAUCAUCGAGACCGCCAUCAAGAACUUCGGCCGCGUCGAUGUGCUCCUCAACAACGCCGGCAUCCUCCGCGAUAUCAGCUUCAAGAAUAUGAAGGAUCAGGAUUGGGAUCUCAUCUACAAGGUUCAUACGUAUGGUGCUUACAAGUGCGCAAAAGCUGCGUGGCCUCAUUUCCGUAAGCAGAAGUACGGCCGCAUCAUUAACACUGCUUCUUCGGCUGGGUUGUUCGGUAGCUUUGGUCAGGCGAAUUACUCGGCUGCCAAACUUGGUCAGGUCGGCUUCACGGAGACGUUGGCCAAGGAGGGUUUCAAGUACAACAUCCUUGCUAAUGUGAUUGCUCCUAUUGCUGCUAGCCGGAUGACGGCCACCGUUAUGCCCCCUGAUGUCCUUGAGAACCUUAAGCCCGACUGGGUCGUCCCCUUGGUGGCUGCUCUGGUUCACUCCUCGAACACGACUGAGACGGGUGGCAUCUACGAGGUCGGUGGUGGCCACGCGGCCAAGCUGCGCUGGGAGCGUGCCAAGGGUGCGCUUCUGAAGACCGACGCUACUUUGACCCCUGGAGCCAUUGCAAGGAAGUGGAACGAUGUCAACGACUUCUCCCAGCCCAGCUAUCCCACCGGCCCGGCUGAUUUCAUGGCUCUGUUGGAGGAUGGCCUGAAGCUGCCCGGUGCUGAGGCAGGACAGGAACCUGACUUCAAGGGCAAGGUUGCACUUGUGACCGGUGGUGGCAACGGUCUGGGCCGCGCAUACUGCUUGCUAUUCGCCAAGUACGGCGCUGCUGUCGUUGUCAACGAUCUCGUCGACCCCGAGCCCGUCGUUCAGGAGAUCAAGAAGAUGGGCGGAAAGGCGGUUGGAAAUAAGGCUUCCUGCGAGGACGGCGAGAACGUCGUCAAGUCGGCCAUCGACGCCUUCGGCCGCAUCGAUAUCCUGGUCAACAACGCCGGUAUCCUUCGCGACAAGGCUUUCACCAACAUGACCGAUGACCUGUGGAACCCCGUCCUCAAUGUCCAUCUGCGUGGUACCUACAAGGUGACCAAGGCUGCUUGGCCCUACAUGUUGAAGCAGAAGUAUGGCCGCAUCGUCAACACCGCCAGCACCAGCGGUAUCUACGGAAACUUUGGACAGGCCAACUACGCCGCAGCGAAACUCGGCAUCCUCGGUUUCUCCCGCACUCUGGCUCUGGAGGGCGCCAAGUACAACAUCAAGGUCAAUACUAUUGCUCCUAACGCCGGUACCAACAUGACCCGCACUAUCAUGCCCGAGGAGAUGGUCCAGGCCUUCAAGCCCGACUAUGUUGCUCCCCUGGUGGUUCUUCUCUCCUCUGACAUUAUGCCCGAGCCCAGCACCAAGGGUCUGUACGAAUGCGGCAGUGGCUGGUUCACUCGCACUCGCUGGCAGCGCGCCGGUGGCCACGGCUUCCCCGUGGAUGUCAAGCUUACCCCCGAGGAAGUGCGCAACCACUGGAAGCAGAUCACCAACUUUGAGGACGGUCGCGCGGACCACCCCGAAGAUGGCCAGGCCGGUGCUGAGAAGAUCAUGGCCAACAUGUCCAACCGCAGCGGCAAGGACGCGGAAAGCGGCGGCAACAAGGUCCUGCAGGCGAUCGAGAAGGCCAAGCAGGCCACGACGGAUGGCACCCCCUUCGACUUCGUGGAUCGCGACAUCAUUCUCUACAACCUGAGUGUGGGCGCCAAGCGCACCGACCUGCCUCUGGUGUACGAGAACAACGAACACUUCCAGGCGCUCCCCACCUACGGUGUGAUCCCUUGGUUCAACACCGCCAACCCCUGGAACAUGGACGAUAUUGUGGCCAACUUCUCGCCCAUGAUGCUGCUGCACGGCGAGCAGUACAUGGAAGUCCGCAAGUUCCCCAUCCCGACCGAGGCCAAGACCUUGACCUACCCCAAGCUCAUUGACGUGGUGGACAAGGGCAACGCCGCCCUGGUUGUCUCGGGGUACACCACCAAGGAUGCUAAGACAGGCGAGGACCUCUUCUACAACGAGUCGACUGUGUUCAUUCGUGGCAGUGGCGGCUUCGGCGGGUCUCCCAAGCCCACUGCUCCUCGCCCCAAGGCUGCGACCGCCGCCUACAAGCCUCCUCAGCGCAAGCCGGAUGCCAUUGUCGAGGAGAAGACGUCCGAGGACCAGGCCGCUCUGUACCGUCUCAACGGUGACCGCAACCCCCUUCACAUUGACCCCGAGUUCAGCAAGGUGGGUGGCUUCAAGACCCCUAUCCUGCACGGGCUGUGCUCGCUUGGUGUCUCCGGCAAGCACGUGUUCAGCACGUUUGGUCCGUUCAAGAACCUCAAGGUUCGUUUCUCGGGGGUGGUGCUACCGGGCCAGACCCUGAAGACGGAGAUGUGGAAGGAGGGCAACACCGUUCUCUUCCAGACGACGGUGGUGGAGACCGGCAAGCCGGCCAUCACGGGGGCUGGUGCCGAGCUGUUGGAGGGUGCCAAGGCCAAAUUGUAA